AAUUUCCAAUUUCAAUAGAGCCGUGAAAUCAUUGUCUUGCUUCAUUAAAGCGUUAAAUCUCUGUAAGCCGACGACACGUUGAGGAGAGAACCCGCGGCGGCGCGUACUUAUCCCUUCGCCGGCCAUUAAAGUCGAGUUCCAGAAUCUCCGGCUGCGUGGAGCUAGGGCUUGAUAAUCUUCCUGCUUUGCCGGCGAUUUGGGAAAGGAAUACCAUUCUUGUGAUGGAGCUUUGGGAUGGCCGAUUCGAGCUCAAGGAGACUGCAAAGCUUGAAGGUCACACUGAUCGGGUAUGGAGUCUGGCCUGGAAUCCCGCCACCGGAACUGAAGGAAUUCCACUUGUUUUUGCGUCCUGCAGCGGCGAUAAAACCGUUCGUAUCUGGGAGCAAAGUCCUUCCUCUGGUUCGUGGAAUUGCAAGGCAGUUUUGGAAGAAACGCAUACUAGAACUGUUAGGUCAUGCUCUUGGUCACCGAACGGAAAGUUAUUGGCUACUGCAAGCUUUGAUGCCACCACAGCUAUGUGGGAGAACAUCGGGGGUGACUAUGAAUGCGUUUCCACUCUAGAGGGUCAUGAGAAUGAGGUCAAAAGUGUAUCUUGGAAUGCUUCUGGUUCUCUACUUGCAACGUGCAGUCGAGAUAGAACUGUUUGGAUUUGGGAAGUAUUGCCAGGCAACGAGUAUGAGUGUGUUUCCGUGUUGCAAGGACACACACAAGAUGUAAAAAUGGUUCAGUGGCACCCAACCCUGGAUCUUUUAUUCUCAUGUAGCUAUGAUAACACUAUCAAGGUUUGGGCAGGCGAUGAUGACAAUGAUGAUUGGCGCUGUGUUCAGACUAUAGAUGAAUCUAACAAUGGUCACUCUUCUACUGUUUGGGCCCUUUCUUUCAAUGCAACUGGAGACAAAAUGGUCACCUGUAGUGAUGACCUCACCCUUAAAAUAUGGGAAACAGAUGAGACAAGGUUGCAUUCUGGGGAUGGCUAUUCACCAUGGAGGCAUACUUGUACGCUUUCUGGAAAUCAUGAUCGAACAAUCUUCUCUGUUCAUUGGUCAAGAAACGGCAUAAUUGCCAGUGGAGCAGCUGACGAUGCUAUUCGUUUGUUUGUGGAGAAUCAAGAGAAAAUGGUUGAUGGAUCUUCAUUUCAGUUGCUAUAUAAGAAGGAGAAGGCCCACAACAUGGAUGUAAAUUCAGUGCAAUGGAGCCCAGGGGAGAAGAGGCUUCUUGCUUCAGCGAGCGACGACGGUACAAUAAAGAUAUGGGAGCUGGUUUCUGUUAGCUAAUCCCUGAAUUAACUUUUCAAAUCAUGUUUGUCACAGCAUUUUUAUAUGAGUAACCAAAGAGGAUCAUGAAUUAUGUGAAUUUCCAGCUAGUAGAAAAGUACCCAUAAUUUUGUGAACUUGUGUUUUGGGCCACUGAUCUAUUAAUGUCUUCGUUAUAAAAUUUUUAAUGGUAUUGUUGAGUCUUGUUUACUA